GCCUCUGAGGACCUGUAGCUCCUGGAGCAGAGCAAAGCUGGAUUUUGGGUACCAGACGGGGAAGUUCUACCUCCUCUCCCCCUGUCUGGCCAGAGAUUCUGCAACGAUGACUGCUUGACACACCUCCAAGCUGUGAGGGCAGGUAAACACGUCAGGCGCAAUGCCGGUCCACUACGUGACAUAUGAAGGCAUUAAGUUCCCACCUGCCUACAACUCCGAGCACAGCUUGAGUUUUGCCCACAAUGAAUUCCUGGUGCGGGACGAUGACAUCUUCAACGUCACCUACCCCAAGUCUGGCACUGUGUGGAUGACCGAGAUCUUGAGCCUCAUUCGCAGCCACGGCUGCCCCAGCUGGAACCGAGCCGUCCUCAAUUCUGACCGCAUGCCCUGGUUCUCAACCCGUCUGGGUCUGGAGUCAGCUCUCAGCUACCCCUCACCUCGCCUGCUGACCUGCCAUCUCCCCAGGCACAUCUUCCCCAAGUCCUUCUCCCUUUCCAGUGCCAAGGUUAUUUACACCCUACGGGAUCCUUGAGAUGUUGUCGUCUCCUACUACUACUUCUCCAAGAUGUGCAACAGCUAUGAGGAUCCUACAUCCUUCGAGCAGUUCUUGAGGGACUUUCUGAAUGGAGAUCUGCCUCAUGGCUCCUGGUUUGAACAUGUCCGAGGCUGGAUGGAGAUGAAGGACAUGGAGAAUUUCUUCUUCAUCACCUAUGAAGAGCUGAAGCAGGACCUGUGUGGCAGCGUGAGACGUCUCUGCCGGUUCCUGGGUCAGGAUUUGGAUGAUGAAGCCAUCUCCUCAGUGGUGCAAAAUGCGUCUUUCACGGCUAUGCGGGAGAACCCAAUGUGCAGCUCCAUCCUGCUCCCAGCAGACAUCAUGGACCAGACGAAGGGCCAGUUCCUGAGGAAGGGCAUCUGUGGGGACUGGGAGAACCACUUCACAGUGGCGCAGAGUGAGACCUUCGACAGGAUCUACCAGGACAGGAUGCAGGGGCUGAACAUGACUUUUCCUUGGGACAGGCAUUAGAAUUCGUCCCUCUGAAGCCAACUGAGCACUGGGUAUAAACCAGCCACCGACAACUGGGGUAACUGGCUGCUGUUCAACAGAGGGGGCUGUGCCCGGGGCUGCAGAUGGUACUGAACCUCAGCAUGCAAGCAAUUAAUUUCAUGGAAUCAUAGUAUCAGAGAAUCAUUUAGGUUGGAAAAGACCUUUCAGAUUAUCAAGUCCAACUGUUAACCCAACACUGCCAAGUCCACCACUAAACCAUGUCCCUCAGCGCUACAUCUACCUGUCUUUUAAACACCUCCAGGGAUGGUGACUCCACCACUUCCCUGGGCAGCCUGUUCCAAUGCUUGAUAACCUUUUCGGUGAACAAAUUUUUCCUACUAUCCAUCCUAAACCUCCCCUGGUGCAACUUGAGGCCAUUUCCUCUUGUGCUAUCGCUUGUUCCUUGGGAGAAGAGACGGAUCUCCCCUCGCUACACCCUCCUUUCAGGGAGCUGUAGAGAGUGAUGAGGUCUCCCCUCAGCCUCCUUUUCUCCAGGCUGAACACCCCCGUCUCCCUCAGCUGCUCUAGACUUGUGCUCUAGACCCUUCACCAACUUUGUUCCCCUUUUCUGGACACGCUCCAGCAUUUUAUGCUGCCCUUUUACACUCUUUUUCCUUGGGAGAUCUUUUUCUCCUGGGUUGUGCCUCUCCUCUCUGUCCCAUCCCUCAACCCUUUUUCCUCUGAGGCAGUCUCUAGGGUCUCCCAUCAUAGGACUCACCUCCCUGUGCGCCAACACAUCCCUCUUCUUCAGGCAAAGGGGAGUAGCAUACGCCUGAGAGCACACAGCUGAAACAUGUACUGCCUGUCACAUCCACUGGCUGUGGCACCUUGUUUGGGAGCUGAAAUUAGCCAAAAUGUUCUCCUGGGGCUGCUCAUCAAGCAGGAGAGCAGCAGGGAAAAUGGGGAGGACCACUAGAAGGCAGGUGUGCUGCCAGUGUUAACACAAAUGAUGAGAUAAUAAUAAUAAUAUUAGUAGUAACAAUAAAAAGUGUGAGCAAAAGCAGGGCUGGCUGGCUACCAGACCCCGGAAACGUGGAAGUCCGCUCCGUCCCUUGCAUGGGAUGGGUUGAACAGCAGAAUGGCAAAAUAUCCCCUCCACUUUCCAAGCCAGGAAUGGGAAUUCCCAAGAACGGGAAUUUCUCACUGUCUCUUCACCUUCAGUCUUCCUCAGAAACGACAGCGAGGUUCACAACACACGUACAUGUUCAGCACCAAUAAAUUGCACAGCAGCCCCUCAGCCCCAAUGAACAUACAGUGCUAAUAUUUCUUAAUUUAGUGUCUGGUUGGGGUUUUUUGUUGGUUUGUUUGUUUGUUUGUUGUUUUUAAAUGCCUUUCCUAUUUGUAUAUAGCUUAGUUGCAUGAAUACCACUAGAGAAAAGUUAAGUGAGCAUUAGCCAAUCACUGUCACAGCUAAACAAAGCUAAAAUCUGUUCGUAUCAAGGCAAAUCCUGUGCCCUACAUGGGUGUAUUAACACAAAGCCGAUAACCUUUUACUACCAAAUGAAAGACCCUUAUCUACUUGAUCUACAAGGCUGGAGUGUGCAACUAUCACAGCUGGGUGAAAUAAAUAGACAUGGCAGAUCAUAGAAUCGUUUUGGUUGGAAGAGACCCUUAAGAUCAUCCAGUCAAAUCAUUAACCCAGUACUGCCAUGUUACCACUAAACCGUGCCCCUCAGCACCACAUCUACAUGUCUUUUAAACACCUCCAGGGAUGGUGACUCCACCACUUCCCUGGGCAGCCUGUUCCAAUGUUUGAUAACCCUUUUGGUGCAGAAGUUUUUCCUAAUAUCCAUCCUAUGGCACCACUUGAGGCCGUUUCCUCUUGUCCUAUCUCCUGUUGCUUGGGAGAAGAGACCGACUCCCACCUGGCUACACCCUCCUUUCAGGGAGUUGUAGAGAGCGAGAAGGUCUCCCCUCAGCCUCCUUCUCUCCAGGCUAAACAACCCCACUUCCCCCAGUACUCCUCAGAUGUUCUCCAGACCCUUCUACUUGUUCUCCAGACCUCUCACCAGCUUCGUUGGCCUUCUCUGGACGUGCCCCAGAAUCUCAAUGUCUUUGUUGCAGUGCAGUGCCCAAAACUGGACAUGGUACUCAAGGUGCGGCUUCACCAGUGCGGAGUACAGGAGGACGAUCACUUCCCUAGUCCUGCUGGCCACAGUAUUCUUGAUACAGGCCAGGCCUGGGCAACUGCUGGCUCCUGUUCAGCUGGCUGUCGACCAACACCCCCAGGUCCUUUUCUGCCAGGCAGCUCUCCAGCCACUCUCCCCCAAGCCUGUAGCGCUGCAUGGGGUUGUUGUGACCCAAGUGCAGGACCUGGCACUUGGCCUUGUUGAACCUCAGACCAUUGGCCUCCGCCCAUCAAUCCAGCCUGUCCAGAUCCCUCUGUAGUCCCUUCCUACCCUCAAGCAGGUCAAUGCUCCCACCCACCUUGAUGUCAUCUGCAAACUUGCUGAGGGUGCACUUGAUC